AUGUUGUCAGCGUAUGGUUAUGGGUUAGUCAGGAGAAGGUACUGCGAUGAACGACGAAGAAUAGAAGCACGGGUGGUGCGGGGUUUGAAAGGGAGGGAACCGGAGUUGGAGUGUCAGAUUCCGAUUGUAGUGAUUUGCCCACACGUUGAUCUUACGGGCCGGGGAAAAAGAUUUAAAGUAGAUGCUGUCACAAACCCUACCUUAGAGAGCAAACGGGAAAUUAGUACUGAUCCUCAGCAGACUUCUAGUAGCCUAAACUCUCAUUGUGCUAAGUUUCGUGAAGGCAUACCUUUAGCAGAGCAAAUGAGACCACACAAAUUAGAUGAUAUAGUUGGUCAACCUGAUGCAUUUGGAACUAAUUCUUUGUUACAUUUUAUGUUGGAACAGAAGAAGAUUCCAAACAUGAUUUUGUGGGGUCCACCUGGUUGUGGAAAGACUUCAGUAGCAAAUGUUAUAUCCCAUAUAUGCAAAGAAAGCAAUAAUCUAAGGUUUGUCAAACUAUCUGCAACUAUGGCUGGAGUAAAUGAUAUAAAGGAAGUUGUUAAAGUUGCCAAAAAUGAAGUACAAUACAAAAGGCAGACAGUUCUUUUUAUGGAUGAAAUACAUAGGUUCAAUAAACUACAACAAGACAGUUUUCUUGCACAUGUCGAAGAUGGUACGAUAAUUUUAAUUGGUGCAACAACAGAAAAUCCUUCCUUUAGUUUAAAUAAUGCUCUCUUAAGCAGGUGUAGGGUUGUUGUUAUGUCAAAAUUAACUGUUAAAGAUAUAGUAGAAAUAUUGAAAAGGACACUGGUGCGUAAUAAGUUAGCUACCAUUGUUAAUACACUUGAAGACAUUGACACAAUAGAUGGAAAUAGGGCACCCCAAAAUGUAGCUAUUAUUGAGAAUAGUUCACUUCAGUGGUUAGCAGAAGUAUGCGAUGGCGACGCUCGUAUUGCGCUAGGAUGUCUUGAAUUAGCGCUAACUGCCGCAAAAGCUCAAUCCGUACCUGUUGUUACUUUGAGUGACCUACAAAACGGUAUAAAGCGAUCGCACGUGCUUUACGACCGUAGUGGUGAAGAACACUAUAACAUAAUAUCGGCAAUACACAAAUCAAUUAGGGCAAGUGACGACAAUGCGGCCCUUUACUGGACUACACGUGCACUGCAUAGUGGCGAGGAUCCUCUUUACAUAGCACGGCGGCUGGUUCGUAUUGCAUGUGAAGACGUCGGUCUAGGCGAACAAAACGCUGUCGUUGAAGCUGUGGCUUGUUUACAUGGAUGUCAACACAUUGGGAUGCCAGAGUGUGACAUAUUGUUGGUGCAAUGUGCAGUUAGCCUCGCUAGGGCUCCUAAAAGCCGAGAAGUGUAUGAUGCAAUGAAGAAAUGCCAAGCGUUUUUGAAAGAGGCAAAGGGACCUCUUCCCUCUGUACCGUUACAUUUACGAAAUGCGCCAACGAAACUAAUGAAAGAUAUGGGUUACGCAAAGGGCUACAAUCUUUUGCACAAAGAUGAGUCUGGCUUGGAUUAUAUGCCAGAUGGUAUGAAAAACAUAAAUUUUUUUAACAAUGAU